AUGUGCGGAAUCGCCGUUGUUAUGCCCAUGUCCGCUGUUUCCGCUGUGAACUCGAUCUUCAAUUCAGUCAUUUUGUCGAACUAACUUUGAUCCCUUUUGACAAUUAUGGCUUGUUAGGCGCAGCCGAUUUGUCGGCGAGCGCGUACACCACAACUGUACAAAGCCUGUGUAGAAACUUCAGCGCGGUUCCCAAACUGGUACCAGCAGGAAGACAAGUGUACACAUUGUAUAGAAGAAAACGCCUUCAUUGUGAGGAUCAGAUAGAGAUGUCGAGAGCGACGAAAGUGAAGCACGUGUAUCGUGAAGUACUCGAAGAGUUCGCUCUACCCGAGCCUCCGCAAAGCAUUGUUAAGGUUCUGGGUGGUCGUGGCAACAAUCUUCACGAGGUAGUUGACGAACACGGGGAAAUGUUCCUCGCAUCGAUGCCAACAAAAUUCAGGCGCAAUGUGUGGGUCAAAAGAGGAGAUUUUGUUAUUGUUGAACCGAUCGCCGAAGGGGACAAGGUCAAGGCCGAAAUCAUAAUUAUCUUGUACAAGGAACAGAUAAAAUUUAUCAAAGAAGAAGGCAAGUGGCCUGAAGGAUUCCUCGAAAAACCGGUUGACGGAGGGGGCGAUGACGAUAAUGAUCUCUUCGUAAACUGCAAUCGUGUCCAGGUGUCUUACGAGGAAUCUGAUGAAAAAACUUCGGAUGAAGACGACGAUGAGGACAACAAUGAAGACGAAAGUAGCGAUGAGGAUGUUAGUAAUGGGUUUGAGAAAAAUUCAGUUUGUUCCGAUGAAGAAUAAUAGCCAAACGCAUGGAAACCCGAUUGAGUGAAGUGCAAAAGCAUUUCAUGUUAAAUCCGGGUUCCAUCUUAAUAUGUUGAAAACAAAUCCUUUUAGAUAUAUUUUUGUGCCAUCAUAUUUUUGUUGCGGAUUUGGCGGAACAAAUCUUUAAUGCUUCACGAUGAUAGCAGAUAAUUUUAGUUUAUCUAAAAUGACAAUGUUAUGAUAAUGUCAGUAAUGACAAUAAUAAUGGUAUCAAUACAGAUGAUAUCAGGCGAUAGUUAAUUGCUCAACUGUUGCAACGCUUUUCUUGCUGCUGCAAUCGAUGCCCAGAUGACGCCACCGUUGAGAUCACUAGUCGACUGAUGUUGUAUCUAUGUAUGCUACUCCGAAAUUAUGGUUUGUGACUUUAAAAAUAAAGAAUAAUUCACAACUCUAA